CCUUCAACGGAAACCAGUUGAGAAAGGGUAGAGAAGACAAGAUGGCGGAGUGAGUGGGUUGCGCUUUGUACGGACGGUUGCGGUUCUUAAAGUUAGCCGAAAACGAAGGCAAGGAGUUGUAGAGCGACAACAUAAUCGGGAGUGUCGUUUUCAGUCCCAUGUGACAGAGGCUCGGGAUAGUAUUUAGUUUGACUGCUCACCAUAGCGUUACCUUGAUGCUAAAGUUAGGUCUGCCAACGUUAGCUUCUUGUUAAAGGCCUUCAGCUUGUUCGGAUUUAGUUUUGGAUUUACACCCUCUGCUUGACACGGCAUUUCUAAAGGAAUUAUAGAUUCUGGCCCAUGACGAAGCCAAUAACCUCAGUGGUGAUCUUUUACAUAGCUGGAAGAAUUGUUUUUAGACAAUUUCAGAGUCUGUGAAUUGGUUUGGCCAAUAACGCGACUUUAUGUUCUACCGAUAGCCGGGUUUAGCUGACAAACACAACGAUCUUCAAGCUUCUCAGUUGGUGGUAGUUAUUCAGUCGGUAGUAUGGCCAGCAGCAGCGGUUCCAAAGCCGAAUUCAUUGUCGGUGGAAAGUACAAGCUUGUCAGAAAAAUUGGAUCGGGAUCUUUCGGCGACAUUUACUUGGCAAUCAACAUCACAAAUGGAGAGGAGGUAGCUGUAAAACUAGAAUCCCAAAAAGCCAGACAUCCACAGCUUCUAUACGAAAGCAAAUUGUACAAGAUUCUUCAAGGAGGAGUCGGGAUUCCACACAUCAGGUGGUAUGGCCAGGAGAAAGACUACAAUGUCCUAGUCAUGGAUUUGCUUGGGCCCAGUUUGGAGGACCUAUUUAACUUCUGCUCCCGACGAUUUACCAUGAAAACCGUCCUGAUGCUGGCAGAUCAAAUGAUCAGCAGAAUUGAAUAUGUACACACGAAGAACUUCAUCCAUAGAGAUAUCAAACGGGAUAACUUCCUCAUGGGUAUCGGCCGUCACUGUAACAAGGUAAGUUUUUGCAGCCCAUAUGCAUACUUUUUGUAUAUGGCACAUAGAAGAUCUAUGUAGAGCUUGUGGCAAAAA